AUGGAUUUGCCAGUUGGUUCUAUGGAGGAAGUAGAUGUACCAGCGGAUCUUUCCGUGGAGCUACGUUCGAGUGCAGAAGAUCUGUAUGUGCCGCUGGUGAAAAAUAAGAAUCACGGCACCAAGGUGGGCGUAACGAGCUUGCAAGCGUCCAGCGAUUGUUUGUCCGGGUCUUCGUCGAUCGAGUCUCUAAAUAUGUUGGUGGAAAAACAGAGGAAACGACGAUUGAAUCAUCCGCAACAUCAGCAGUUUAUUGGAGAGCGACUGAGGCCGCAGGAGACUGUUAAAGAAACGAGCGAAAUCUACCUGAAGUAUGAUCCGAUCUCUAGGAGGAAGGUUCUGAAUACGUACGAGAUAAUAGGGGAGUUGGGACACGGACAGCAUGGAAAAGUCAAAUUAGCAAGAGAUUUGCUUACGAAGCAGUUGGUAGCAAUAAAGAUUGUUGAUAGACAUGAGAAGCGCGAACGGAAACUUUUCAGAUUCAGGAAAAGCGGGUCACAAGCACAUUCAGAUAAGAUCAAGCGGGAGAUUGCUAUAAUGAAAAAAUGUCAAUACAAGCAUGUUGUAAAGCUGCGUGAAGUGCUCGAUGAUUCAAAGUCAAGGAAAAUAUACCUCGUCCUGGAGUAUUGUGGCAAGGGAGAGGUGAAAUGGUGUCCAGGCGACCGGAUGGAGACGGAAGCGAGAGGUCCGCCGCUGCUGAGUUUUCAGAGGACAAGAGAAAUACUUCGAGGUGUGGUCUUAGGGCUAGAAUACUUGCAUUUUCAGGGCGUAAUUCACAGAGAUAUCAAACCUGCCAAUCUUUUAAUCUCCGAUGAUGACACAGUCAAGAUAUCUGAUUUUGGCGUCUCACUUGCCGCUACCGGUGGGGACGAUGAAGAUGGUUUAGACUCAGUCGACGAAGUUGAGUUAGCUAAAACUGCUGGAACGCCCGCGUUUUUUGCUCCGGAAAUAUGUUUGGGCAAUGAAGCGUUCGAAAGGUUUCAGCUGAAAAGACAGGAUCUGUUUAAGGGUUCAAGUAUUUCAUUUAUGAUUGACAUCUGGGCGUUAGGCGUAACUUUGUAUUGUCUUUUAUUCGGAAUGCUUCCUUUCAUAUCCAGUUACGAGCUCGAGCUCUUCGAAAAGAUCGUUAAUGAUCCAGUUAAGUAUCCAUCGUAUGCCGAAGUCAGAGCAAAUAACGUUUCAGAGGUCUCAGGUGAGGAAGAGUACAAGGCAGCGAUAGAUUUAUUGGACGCGCUACUUCAGAAGAAUCCAAUGAAGCGAAUUACUAUAACCCAAAUCAAAAAACAUCCAUUCACUUGCUGGGAUUUCAAUCAUAUUACUAGCACAGAGGAUGAUUACAUCGACUCCAAAUUAAGAGAAAUAAAAGAAUUUCAGACAGAUAAACAGGAGCAGUUCAAGCAAAUCUCAAUCUCAAGACAGGAGCUGAAUAAUGCAGUACUUGGCGUUGGCAAAAAGAUGAUCGAACCGAUGCUGAAAAAAGCCCUUAACGGCCGGGAUGGUGCCCGCUCAAAAUCGGCUUUAUCCGAAGGCCAAAAAAAGAACCAAGAAGAUUACAGUGAUUCUAGUUAUAUCCUCAGCGAGGGUUCUGUAAUGAGCAAUUUGGGCAAUCUUACUGAUCCGCAGAUUGACAAGUUACGUGAAAACAACUCCUUUGCAAUAAAUGGCAUUCAUGGAAGAUGCAGCACCUUGCCAACUCUCAAACCAAGAUACAGCAUCAAUAAUGAUAAUGAUAACGACAAUAAUGGUAAUGAUAAUGAACCUAAUGAUAAAGAUAGUGAUAAAAAUAACAUUGAAACUGGACAACUUUCGAAAUCCGAAUUCGAACGAGAACUUCAGAAAUUCGACGACAAACAUGAUCCCAAAUCCAUGGUGGAUUUGCCAAUCAAUUCAAGUUUUGCUUCGUUGGAUAGUUUGUACAUUGACAGUUUCGCUUUGAGCAAACACGGGAAAGACAGUGAUGCUGACCAUCCUGAUGUGAAAACGCCAUCUAUUCAUGUCAGACCUCCCCAACUAGGUGCUUUGCGUAACUCAAGCUAUGUUGGAAGAAAUAAUAGAGGCUACCCCGGGGUUUUGAGAAAUCCAUCGUCUCAACUGAACCUCUUGAGCUCCAGCACUAGAAGCGACAGAGUACCACACACUAGACCUCAGGCGAUCUCAGAUCGAAGAAAAGUUGCUAAUAGACAAUGGGUUACCAAUGAUACCAGCUGCUUGCAAUCGAGUCCUCAUCCUGAGCAAAGAAGACCUAGGGGAAAUGAUGAUGAUCAUUUCACUGCGACAGCCAUAGAAUGUAAACCAGCAACACCCAAUCCAUGGGAGGCCAGAGGAGAUAAGGAAUCACACAGCUUUAGGAUAAAAACGGGAAACUUUUUCAGCAGCUUCGACGGUCAGGAUGAGCGGACAAGCACUUCCUCAGACUCAUCUACAAGCGAACCUUCGACUUAUUCUUCAUGUUCUGACGGUGAAUCGGAUGGUAGUAACGCCGAAUCAUUGCCAUUCGAAUUCGCCUUGGAUUCUGCAAAUGCUAGUGUGUUGUCCUUGAGAGAUGUUGGGGGCUUUGAAACAGUGAGACCGUUCAUGCAUUCACAGCCUGCGACCCAUCGACCGGCGUGCGAAAAGCUGGGCAAAAGCGAUUCUGGAAAUUCAGGAGCAGACAGCAGCGAGCACAGCGAUAGCAGCGACGAACUUGUACUCAGCGUCGGUCCUUCCGGGUUCCAGCGCCGGCAGGGUUCGGCGCAGAGCAGUAAUAACAGCUCUAGGAAAAGCACCCUGCCCUAUUUGUAUCCAAGUAGUGAUGCGACUGUAACGCUCAAGGGCGACAGUACGUGGACCAUGUCGAACGCGAGCGCCCCAACUAUUCUAAGUCAGCAAUCCCAGCGGACGCUAAACAUGUGUACCGGGCCUGAAGUCCAAACUCUCGACAUACCAGCUCACCUCUCGCGGCCGCUGAACAAUCUGAGCGCGGGCAAUAUCGCCCCGUCGACAAGCGAUCACAGCGGUUCACCCUCCUCUGGGGUUAUGCAGUUCACCAGCACUCCUAGCAGCAGUGGCUCCUUGCUCCUAUCCCGAGCAUCUGCCAAGCCCACCACGCAGGCCUGUAACGUUGACGGAGUUUUAAGCAAGGUUACACCUCAAGAGCAUCCACAGGACAGUUCGAGGGACUUAUUGAAGACGGUUCUGAUCACCGCAGCGGGUUCAAACAGAAGAAAGUCUGUCCCAUGUAUUGCCAUGCCUGAGAAUGCCGAUGGCGAGCGGCUGAUUAAGAGCUCACAUGAUGGCAACGUACCGGAGGAACAUCUACAGAAACGAUUCCCCAGAUGUGCUGUGCGACACAGAAGUGAUGCCUGCCCGUCAAGAUCGCAGUCAAUCUCUCUGGGGACCUUGAGCAAGAAACAUACAAAGUGA